AUGGACCCAGCAGCCGCCGUGCGUGCCGCCGGCUGGACGCGACGGCGCAAGAGGUACGAGCUUCGCGUAGCGCCCGAGCACGCGCAGCAGCUGGGCCUUCCCGUCGGGCUCUACUGUGCUCGAUCGCUCGGCGGCUGCCUCAUUCCUGCAGCCGCAGCGUGCGCCCUCGCCGCCGAGAGGAACGCCACUUGGCAGUUGACUGAUCCGGACGCGGACGCUGCGAGCGCGGCUACCGCGGCCGCUGCAGAAGGCGCUCAGUCGGGUGGCCGCAGCACUGCCGUCGUCGCGGUGCUGGCGCAUGUCAACCACGGCAAGACGACGCUGCUAGACGCGCUGCUGGGCACACGCAGCGCAGACUUUGAGCCCGGCUCCAUCACGCAGUCCGUCCGCCCCUCGAUCCUCGACGUUCCACUCACGGUUUGCGGCGGCGCCUCUAGUGACGCGCCGGGCGGAGCCUCUGUGUAUGGCGGAGCCUCCGUGUCGCUCGCGCUGCUCGACACUCCCGGCCACGAGGCGUUCGGCGGCAUGCGCGCCGCAGCGUCCGGAUGUGCAGACGUCGCGCUCGUCCUCGCUUCGCUCGACGAAGGCGUCGCUUCCUCCCGCUGCUCACCCGUGGGCCCGCCGGGUCCAAAGCGCGCACCGCCACCGCCGCCGUGUGCUCUUGCAGGCGUCCAGCCGCAGACACGCGAGGCGAUGCGCCACUGCGCGCGGCUCGGCAUCCCGACCGUGCUCGCCCUCACCAAGCUCGACCUCGCGCGGGACGGCACCGCGGCUGCACUCGACGAGGCGCGCGGCUGCGAGCGGGUGCAGGCGGCGGCGGCGCGGCUUGAGCAGGCGUGGGCCGCACUCUCCGCCGAUCCGAUUGGUUCGUCGUCGGCGGCUCCACCGGCCGCGCACGCCGAGUGCCUCGUCAAGCAGUUGACCACCGACGGGCGGGAGGAGUAG